UGAGAGACAGAAACAGAAAAAAAAUAAAGUCCAACAAACACGAAACAGCAACAAAACCUUUGUCCUAAUCUUAGAAAAAAAAAGAACAUAAAGAUACAGAGAGAGAAAAAGGGAAUCAAAGUUGAGGUUUUUUUUUUUUCCUCUCAGACAAAAGUUAAGGUUGUUGCAGAAGAAAAGCAAGGAGAAAAAAAAACCCUAACCCUAGAAAAUGUUUUUAGUUUUUUACUCUGCUGCUCUUUGAUGGUGAUACAGUAAAGGCCAACACUUUACACUUUUUCUGUCUUUCUCUUUAGCUCAGAGGAUUCACAAGUAAGCUUAAAGUUUCAGACUUUUUGUUGUAGGUGAAAAUCAAGCUUUAGUUAACUCUCACAUUUUGUUGCUUCAUUUUGUUGGAUCUCUUCUUUAAGGUGAAGGGAAAUUAGGGUUUAUGUGAAGGUGGGGUUUGCUUGAAAAAGAGGUUUUUUUGGUUUGUUAUGGUUUUUUAAGAAUCAGGGUUUUCGUUAUUUUCGCCAAAAGAGGCUUGGUGUACUGAUUCGGAGCUUUGAAUGGUUUCAAGGUUGUUAGUGGAAAAUGAAAGUAGAGUGUUUAAUGGGUGAUUUUGAAGGUUAAUGUAAUUGCAGAAGGGAAUUGAAGGACAAACUUUUUCUGGGUUUUUUUUAGAGUUUAUACGAAUUGUUGGGUUUUGUUGGUGUGGUGAGGUUUUUGGGAGGAAGAUUUUUGGGUUAGUGGAAAAGUUAAUUUCUUGGUUUAACAUUUGAUCUUUGCGCUGGAGCGACUAGGAGUACCCGGGACAAUGUCUUCCUUAAGUAGGGAGCUGGUGUUUUUGAUCUUACAGUUCCUGGAUGAGGAAAAGUUCAAGGAAACUGUUCAUAAGUUAGAGCAAGAGUCUGGCUUUUUCUUCAAUAUGAAACAUUUUGAGGAUCAAGUCCAGGCUGGUGAAUGGGAUGAAGUUGAGCGUUAUCUAUGUGGGUUCACUAAGGUUGAGGAUAACCGCUACUCGAUGAAGAUUUUCUUUGAAAUUAGGAAGCAGAAGUAUUUGGAAGCCCUUGACAGGCAGGAUCGAGCAAAGGCUGUUGAAAUUCUUGUCAAGGAUCUGAAGGUUUUUGCAUCUUUUAAUGAAGAACUUUUCAAGGAGAUUACCCAGUUGCUCACUCUUGAUAACUUUAGGCAAAAUGAGCAGCUUUCAAAAUAUGGAGACACGAAAUCUGCUCGAAAUAUCAUGCUUGUAGAACUUAAGAAGCUCAUUGAAGCAAAUCCUUUAUUUCGUGAUAAGCUUACAUUCCCUGCCUUUAAAAGUUCACGGCUAAGGACCUUAAUAAACCAGAGUCUAAAUUGGCAGCAUCAGCUUUGCAAGAAUCCUCGUCCAAACCCUGACAUUAAAACUCUCUUUACGGAUCAUUCUUGUUCUCCCAGUACUAAUGGGGCUCGUCCUCCUCCUACUAAUAGUCCCCUUGUGGGCCCAAUUCCCAAGGCUGGGGCAUUCCCUCCUAUUGGCGCCCAUGGUCCAUUUCAGCCUGUUGUUUCCCCAUCUUCUGGUGCCAUUGCGGGGUGGAUGUCAAGUGGUAAUCCUUCUUUACCUCAUGCAGCAGCUGUGGCAGCUGGGCCUCCUGGUCUUGUCCAGCCUUCUAGUGCAGCUGCAUUCCUGAAGCACCCAAGGACGCCAUCAGGUAUGCCGGGGAUGGAUUAUCAGUCGGCUGAUUCAGAGCAGUUGAUGAAGCGUAUUCGCACUGGCCAAUCUGAUGAGGUAUCCUUUGCUGGUAUAGCACAUACUCCCAAUGUCGACUCACAAGAUGACCUUCCAAAAACUGUCGUGCGGGCCCUUAAUCAAGGAACUAAUGUCAUGAGCAUGGACUUUCAUCCUCAACAUCAAACUAUUCUCCUAGUUGGCACGAAUGUCGGUGACAUCAGCCUUUGGGAAGUAGGAUCUCGGGAAAGAUUGGCUGAUAAACCUUUCAAGGUUUGGGAUAUCUCGACUGCUUCUAUGCCAUUGCAGACAGCACUAGUGAAUGAUGCAGGGAUAUCAGUAAAUCGAUGUGUUUGGUCGCCCUCUGACGGACAUAUGCUUGGUGUUGCAUUUUCAAAGCAUAUAGUCCAGAUAUAUCUAUACAAUCCAACUGGAGAAUUAAGGCAGCAUUUGGAGAUUGAUGCCCAUGUUGGAGGUGUUAAUGACAUAGCGUUUGCUCAACCCAACAAGCAAUUAUGUAUUGUUACAUGUGGUGAUGAUAAGAUGAUUAAGGUAUGGGACACAGUAGCUGGACGUAGGCAUUAUAUGUUUGAAAGCCAUGAAGCUCCUGUGUAUUCUGUUUGCCCUCAUUAUAAAGAAAAUAUUCAGUUUAUCUUUUCCACUGCCAUUGAUGGGAAGAUAAAAGCUUGGUUAUAUGAUUGCUUGGGAUCUAGAGUGGACUAUGAUGCUCCUGGACAAUGGUGCACCACAAUGGCAUACAGUACUGAUGGAACUAGGCUUUUUUCUUGUGGAACAAGUAAAGAAGGUGAAUCCCAUUUAGUUGAGUGGAAUGAGAGUGAAGGAGCUAUCAAAAGAAGAUAUGCUGGUUUUAGGAAGCGUUCUUUAGGAGUUGUCCAAUUUGAUACAACAAGGAACAGGUUCUUAGCAGCUGGUGAUGAAUUCCAGAUUAAGUUUUGGGACAUGGAUAAUACUACCAUGUUGACGGCUGUUGAUGCAGAUGGUGGUUUGCCUGCUAGUCCCAGACUUAGAUUCAACAAGGAAGGGUCAUUAUUGGCAGUUACAACUAGCGAUAAUGGUAUCAAAAUCUUGGCCAACAGUGAUGGUUCACGCUUGAUAAGGAUGUUGGAGAGCAGGGCUGUCGAUAAAAUUCGAGGUCCUUCUGAACCUGUCAACUCUAAGCCGUUGAUUGUCAAUGCUCUAGGUCCCAUGGGGAAUGCUGCCAUUGCUCCAGCCCUUGAACGCCCAGACAGAGGCCCCCCUGUUGUAUCUAUAACCAGUCUUAGUACGAUGGAUAGCAGCAGGCUUGUUGAUGUUAAACCACGAAUUUCAGAUGAUGCAGACAAGAUUAAGGGCUGGAGAAUACCUGACAUUAUGGAUCCAUCUCACCUGAAAGCCUUGCGAUUACCUGAUGCCAUAACAGCAGGAAAGGUUGUGAGGCUGCUGUAUACCAACUCUGGUCUUGCUCUUUUGGCCCUUGCUUCAAAUGCUGUUCACAAGCUUUGGAAAUGGCAACGUAGUGACAGGAAUCCAUCCGGCAAGGCUACUGCAAAUGUUGCACCACAAUUAUGGCAGCCACCUAGUGGUACUCUUAUGACAAAUGAUAUAAAUGACACUAAACCUGCUGAAGAGUCAGCUACAUGCAUUGCAUUAUCUAAAAAUGAUUCUUAUGUUAUGUCCGCAUCGGGCGGGAAGGUGUCUUUGUUCAACAUGAUGACAUUCAAGGUGAUGACCACAUUUAUGUCCCCCCCUCCUGCAGCCACGUAUUUGGCAUUUCAUCCCCAAGAUAAUAAUAUUAUUGCUAUUGGCAUGGAAGAUUCCACUAUUCAAAUUUACAAUGUCAGAGUUGAUGAGGUGAAAACCAAACUCAAGGGCCACCAGAAUCGGAUAACAGGACUUGCCUUCUCCCAAACUUUGAAUUCUCUGGUGUCUUCAGGGGCUGAUGCACAGUUAUGUGUUUGGAGCAUCGAUGGUUGGGAGAAAAAGAAAUCAAGGUUCAUACAGGCACCAUCUGGUCGUCAAUCUCCACUAUCAGGAGAAACCAAAGUCCAGUUUCACAAUGAUCAAAUUCAUCUAUUGGUUGUCCAUGAAAGCCAAAUAGCCAUCUAUGAUAGCAAGCUUGAAUGUUUGUGCUCUUGGUCUCCAAAGGAUUCACUCAGUGCUCCCAUUUCAAGUGCUAUAUAUUCCUGUGAUGGCUCACUGAUUUAUGCUGGUUUUUGUGAUGGUGCUGUUGGAGUUUUUGAUUCAGAUAACUUGAGGCUCAGAUGUCGAAUAGCACCUUCUGCUUACAUACCUUCUUUCUCUGUCAGCAGCAACAGCGCGUAUGCUGUGGUGAUAGCUGCUCAUCCAUCUGAGCCUAACCAGAUCGCGCUUGGCAUGAGUGAUGGAGCAGUACAUGUAGUGGAACCCUCUGAUGUAGAACUGAAAUGGGGUACAGCACCCUCUCAAGAUAAUGGGCCCCUUCCUUCUAGUUCAUCAAAUCCUUCCUUAAGCGGUCAACCAACAGAGCUACCUUCUAGGUGAUAGCUGUGUAGAUAAGUAGAUGUUACCACAAAGUAUAGAGAGAGACACUAAGCUGCUCAUUUAUGAGUUGUAGUGAUAGGAAUUAUCCUCUUUUACUUUGUAAUCAAUUGCAUGUUAUUUAACAUUCAUUGUAAAUCAUUUUCCCACUAAUUUUGGCUGUUUUGCUUUAUUGCCUUGUUAUUUUACGUUUGCUCAUUGCUAGCAACCUUGCAAGACAUCUGCAGCCAAAAUUAGCACUCCCCUCCCCCUGCACUCUACCCUUUGCAAUUACACCUUCUCAUUUGAUACCUUGGUGAAUGAUGAGUUAUCUAUUUUAUUAUUGAAUGA